AUGGGCCGCAUUCAGGAAGUGGGCUGGAUGACUGCAGGACUGGUGAUUUGGGCUGGUACUUGUUACUAUAUUUACAGAUUAACUAAGGGAAGAGCCCAGAGUGUGAGGAGACCAACCAGAAAUGGGUCCAAAGUCAAGAUGGAGAAUACAGUUGUGGUACAGAACCAGACUUUGGCCAUGAGUGAAGCCAUGGAUGAGACAGAGAUUGAGACUAUACCCAAAGGCAAAAUUGGAGCAGAAACUGGAGCAAGAGGUGGGAUUAGGGCUGAGUUAGCUCUAGGCACUUCUAUAACCAGACCUAAGGCCAGCUCCCAGGCCAAGGCAAUGACUGGGGUUGAGGCCAAGGUAGAGGCAGAGCCCCAAUCUGAGGCCAAAGCUGUUGCUGGAACAGUGAUCAAGAUAGGGACGAUGACUCUGACUGGGGCCAAGGUCAAAUCCGGGGAAGUUUCCAAGAAAGAGGCAAUGAUUCAAACAGAGGUUGAGGCUGGUAGAGUAGUAAAGAAGGAGGCAGUGACCCAGACCAAGGCUAAAGCUUGGGCACUGACUGCCAGGGCAGAAGCCAAGAAAGAAGAAAUGAUUCAGACCCAAACAGAAGCUUGUACAUUGGCUGUAAAAGAAACAGAGAUUAAAAAAGUAAUGGUGACACAGACUGAGGUCUUGGCAGUGACCAAGGAAGUGGCCAAGAUGGGAGCCACGAACAAGAGUGGAAUUGUGACUGAAACCAAGGCAAGGGCCAUGGAUGGAGCUAUGAAUGUAGCUAAGACUCAGUCUGAGACCAGGUCUGGUGCCAUGGUUGGUACUAAGGGAAACUCUAAUUGCAUGUCUUGGGUAGUGGCUGGAGUGGACAUGAAGUCUUGUGCACAGUCUCAGGCUGUAGACAAGAUUCAAGUUGAGGACAUGCCUGGCGCCGGGAUUGAGGCCAGGGGUAAUUACAAAACCACAUCUAGGUCAGAAUCUGGGGCAGACAUGAAGGCUUCUACUGAAACUCAGAAUGUUGCUAAAACCCAGGCUAAGGACAUACCUGGAGCGAGGGUUGAUUCUCAGAGUAGUACAGAUGCUAUGUGUAUGGCAGGUACUGGGGCAGAUAUGACAGCUUGUAUACAGCCUCAGACUGUGGCCAAGAAACAGACUGAAACUACUUCUGGUGCCAGAGUUGGUGGCAAGGGAAACAAGAAUGUCAUAUCUAGGGCAAUGACUGGAGUUGACAUGAGGGCUACUGUUCAGCCUCAAGAUAUAGCCAGUACUCAGGCUGAGGUCAUACCUGAUGUCAGGGUUAAAGUUAGAGGCAAACUCAAGGCCACAUCUAAAGCAGGGGCAAGAGCAAACCUGAGGACCAAUACUCAGGCUGAGACCCUGUCUGAUGCUGAGGUUAAGGCUAGAGGCAUUUCCAAUGCCAUGCCUAAGGCAGGGGCUGGGAUAGACAUGUCCUGUACACAGCCUCAAUCUCUGGCCAAUGUCCAGGCUGAUACUUUACCUGAUGGCAAAAUCAAAGCUAUGGCCAAUACCAAUGCUGUGCCUAAGGAAGAAGCUGGGACAGACACGAAGGCACAGUUCCAAGCUAUGACUAAGAGCCAGGCUGAGGCUUUAUCUAGUGCUAAAUGCAAGACUAAGGGCAAAGCCAAGGCCAAGUGCAAGGCAAAGGUUGGGGCAGACACGAAAUUUACACAGCCUCAGGCUGGGAGCAAGACUCUGACUGAGGCCACACUUAAUUCUAAGGUUGAUGGUAGGGGGGAUCCGAAUGUCAUUUCUAGAGUAGAUACCAAGGCAGACAGUUCCCAGGCUGAAGCCUUGCCUGGUGGCAAGAAGAAGGCUAGGGGCAAUCACAAUGCCGCAUCUCAGGUGGAGACAGGGGCAGAUACAAGGGAUUCUGUCCAACCUCAGACUGUGGCCAAUUCUCAGGUCGAAGUCUUUCCUGGUGGCAGGAAGAAGGCCAGGAGCAAUCACAAUGCUGCAUCUCAGGCGCAGACUGGGGCAGAUACAAGGGACUCCGUCCAGUCUCAGACUGUGGCUAGUUCCCAGGUCGAAGCUUUGCCUGGUGGCAGAAAGAAGUCCAAAAGCAAUUCCAAUGUUGUAUUUCAGGUAGAAGAUAAGGCAGAUGCAAGAGACGCUGCCCAGUCUCAAACUGUAGCCAAUUCCCAGGUCAAAGCCUUGCCUUGUCGCAGGAAGAAGGCUAGGGGCAAUCACAAAGCUGCAUCUAAGGCAGAGGCUGAAGCAGAUACAAAAGACUCUGUCCAGCCUCAGACUGUGGCCAAUUUCCAGGCUGAAGCCUUGGCUGGUGCCAGGAAUAAGGUCAGGGGCACUCCCAAUGCUGUGUCUAAGGCAGAGGCCAGGGCAGAUGCAAAGGACUCUGUCCAGCCUCAGACUGUGGCCAAUUCACAAGUCAAAGCCUUGACUGGUGCCAGGAAUAAGGUUAGGGGAAAUCCCAAUGCUGUGUCUAAGGUAGAUGCCAGAGUAGAUACAAAGGACUCUCUCCAACCUCAGACUGUGACCAGUUCCCAGGUUGAAGCCUUGACUGGUGCUAGAAAUAAGGUCAGAGGCAAUCCCAAUGUUGUCUCUAAGGCAGGGACUGGGACGGAUAUAAGAGGCUCUGCUCAGCCUCAUACUGGUGCAAGGAAGAAGGCUAUGCCUAAGGUUGAGGCAGAAGUUGAUCUUUAUGAAAAUCCUGAGGCAGAGGACAUGCCCACUUCUGAGCGUGAGGGUGGGGCAGACAUUGAGACCCACAGAAACACUCCGCCUAAGGUCCACCACUAUUACUGGAAUGGGAUUGGUAUUGAGGAUUGGAUUGCUGCUGAGCGGUGGAUCAAAUUUAGGUUUCAGGCCCGGGAUGGAUACUGGGAAAAUAGCAUGUCUUGGGCUGGGGAUGAGAAUGAAAUAAAUAUUGAGUCCUGGAGUGGGGCUAGUCACGAGGCUGGUAAUAGGUCCUGGGCUGUGACUCAUGAUGAGACCAGCAUCAAGUCCUGGGAUGAGACUAGGGAUGGAAAUGAGGUUGGUAUUGGGUCCUGGGCUGGAGCUGGGAACCAGAUCAGUGAAGGGUCCUGGGUCACUGAGUCUAGGAACCAGGCCAGUGUUGCACCCUGGGCUGGGGGCCAGGCUUGUGAUAGACCCUGGACUGAGAGAAAGGCCAGUGGGAGUUCCUGGGCUGGGGUUGGGGAUAAGGCCAUUGGAGAGUCCUGGACUGGGACUGAGAACCAGACCACUGGAGGCCAGAUCAGUAGGAAGGCCUGGGGUCGAGCUGAGGAACAGGCCAGUGGAAGGUCCUGGGAUGGGGCUAGAAUUCAGUCUAGUGAAAGGUCUUGGACUGGGGCUGAGGAUCAGGCUGAUGAUGGAUUGAAGCCUAGAUUUAAGGGCCAGGCCAGUGAAGGAGGAUCCUGGGCUGGGGCUGGUAGACAGGUCAGUGGAGAAUCCAGGUUGGUGCCAAAGGACCAGUCCAGGGGUGGGUCCUGGGCUGGCACAGGGAAUCAGGACUAUGGAAGGUCCUGGGUUGGGGCAAGGGGUCAAGCUGGUGACUGUUCCAAACCUGCAUUUGAGGAUCAGGCCACUGGAGGAGUGUCCUGGGCUGAGUCUAGGCCUAAGAAUGAGGUCAGUGGAAGGUUUAGACUGGGACCUGAGGACCAGGCCAGUGGAGGGUCCUGGGCUAGGGCUGAGGACCAGGAUGUAGACGACACUUGUGAAGGGUCCAAGUUGGUGCUCAAGGACCAGUCCAAUGAAUGGUUCUGUGCUUGCACUGAAAAUCAGACUAGUAGAGGAAGAUCGUGGACUGGUUGUGGUGGCCAGGAUGUUGGAGAACUCAGGGCAGGGCCAGAGGACCAGUCCAGAGAUGGGUCUUUGGCUGGCACAGGGAGUCAGGUCAGUGGAGGAUCUAGGACUGAGGUAGGUGGCCAAGUUGGUGGUGGAAGAUGCAGACUGGAGCCACAGCAUCAGUCCAGUGGUGGAUCCUGGGCUGGCACUAGGAGUCAGAUCGGUGAAGAGUCCUGGACUGGGGCUGGGGAUCAGGCUAGUGCCUGUUUGAAACCUGGAUUUGAGGAUCAAACCACUGUAGGAGGAUCUUGGGCUGUGUCUAAGCUUGGGAAUGAGGCCAGUGGAGGAUCUAGACUAGGACCUGAGGGCCAGGCCAGUGUAAGGUCCUUGUCUGAGACUGGAGACCAGUCCACUGGAGGGUUGUGGGCUGGCCCAAUGAAUAAGGUAAAUGGAUCCUGGAUUGGGACUGGGGAUCAAACUGGUGACUUCUGUAAAUCUGUAUUUGAGGAUCAAACCAGUAGAAGUAGGUCCUGGACUAGGUUUAAGUCUGGGGAUGUGGCCAGUGGAGGGUCUAGGUUGGGGCCUGAGGACCAGGCCAGUGGAGGGCCUUGGACUAGGGCUGAGGAUCAUGCCAAUGGAGAGGCCCAUUUUGGGGCAGAGGUAGAGGCCAACAAAAGAUCUUGGUUUGGGGCUGGACAUGAGACUAGUAUAGGGUCUUGGUUCUGGGAAGGGGAAACAGCUAGUACUAUGUCCAACCAUGGAGGUAAGGAUGAAGCUAUUACUAAAUCCAGGUCAGGAACUAGGGAAGAGAUCAUUAGUCCCAGGUUUGGGGCUAAGGACAAGGCCAGUAUUGGGUCCUGGUUACAAUCUGAUGGGGCAUCUUGUGGAGGGGCUGAAGGUGGAGCUGAGGCCAGGAUGGGAUCUUGGUUUUGGGAUGGAGAUUUGACCCCUAAAGUUUCUAGACUUGGAGCCAAGGGAGAGCCUCACCUUAGGACUUUGGCUGGGGAUGUAGAUGAGGAUGAGCUAAGUAUAAGGUCCAGCCCGGAUAUUGAAGAGAUCAGUUUAAGGUCCUUGUUUUGGGCUGAGAAUGAGAAUAGUGUAGCGCUCAGACCCAAGAUUGAGCAAGAUGUCAAAUUUGAGAGUGGGGCUGUUCAUAAUUCCAAAAUCAAGGAUAAGAAUGAGACUGCUAGUGUAGUCAAUGUAAGGUCUUCUGAGAACAGAAGUCAGGGCAAAUCUAGAUCUAAGGCUCUAGCCAACAUAUCAGCUGACUCAAGAGGCACGUAUUCAUCCAUGGUCCCCGGGACAGGAAUGGGGUCAUGGGCUGGAGCCAUGAUCUGGACAGAAAUGAAGUUUCCAUACCGAAAUAAGUCCUGCUUCCCACCUGAAGAUGAGCUCAGAAAGCAGAUCAGGGCUGGGGAAAAGAUACGGCCCUGGGCCUGCCGUUGUAAACGUGAAGCCAAUAUGAAUCCUCGAGAGCUUGAAAAACUCAUUUGCAUGAUUGAGAUGACUGAGGACCCUUCCAUUCAUGAAAUAGCCAAUAAUGCUCUUUUUAAUAGUUCUGAUUACCCCUAUUCCCAAGAAGUCGUUCGUAAUAUGGGUGGAAUCUCAAUUAUUGAAAGCUUGCUGAAUAACCCCCACCCCAGUGUUAGGCAGAGGGCUUUAAAUGCACUAAAUAACAUCUCAGUGGCUGCUGAAAAUCAUAGAAAGGUUAAAACAUACAUAAACCAAGUUUGUGAAGAUACCAUCACCUAUCCUGUGAAUUCAACUGUGCAGCUAGCUGGACUAAGAUUGAUAAAGCACCUGACUAUUACUAGUGAGUAUCAGCAUAUGGUUACAAAUUACAUUUCAGAAUUUCUUCAUUUGUUAACUAUGGGAAGUGGAGAAACUAAAGACCACAUUUUGGAAAUGCUUUUGAAUUUCUCUAAAAAUCCUUCUAUGACAAAAGACUUGCUCAUUGCCAGUGCACCAGCAUCACUGAUUAACAUCUUUAGCAAGAAGGAGACAAAAGAGAACAUUCUUAAUGCUCUUACACUAUUUGAAAAUAUAAAUUACCAUUUUAAAAAAAGAGCAAAAAUAUUUACCCAGGACAAGUUCAGUAAAAAUUCUCUUUACUUCCUAUUCCAACGACCUAAAGUUUGUGCCAAGAAACUUCGAGCCUUAGCAGCAGAAUAUAAUGACCCUGAGGUGAAAGAAAAAGUUGAGCUAUUAAUAAGCAAACUCUGA